AUGUAAUAAGAUUCUAGAAUAUUUUUUUAUUAAUUGUGUAAGUAAAUUAAUAAUAAAUAAUAGUUACUUAAUUACAAAAGCAAGGACUUCAAAAAUAAGCUAUUGAAUGUUUAAAUUAAGCAAUUAAGUUGAAUUAAACUGAUAUAUAUUUCUAUGGAUUAAAAUGUAUUGUAUUGAUGAAAUGUUAGCUAUGUAUUUAGAAUAAAUAGGUUUAAUAUAAGAAAGCAUUGAUUGUUGGGAUUAAGGAAUUGAAAAUAAUAAAUAUAAUAUUUUAUAUUAUAUAGAGAAAGGUUUAAAUUGCUUUUCAAUAUUUUAAGCUAAAACAUUAGAGAAGAACGGAAAAUUAAAUGAAAUUAUUUAAUGUUGGGAUCAAGGAAUCAAAAGAAAUUUAAAAAAUUCAAAUUUUUAUAGAGAAAUAAGUUAUUUAUUCAGAUUAUGUAUAGUUAAGGCAUUAUAAAAGUAAAAUAGAUUUGAGGAAGUUAUAAUAUAUUGUGAUAAAAUUAUUUAAUUGAAUUCAUAAGCUAUGGAAUUUUAUAAUGACAAAGGUAUACUAAAAUAUUUAUUUUAUAGCUUAAGCUUUAAAAGAGUUGAAAAGAUUUGAUAAAGUUAUAGAUUGUUGGGCUGAGGCCAUAGAAAUUCAUUAAUCUUAUGCCCAUUUUUUUAGUUAACUUGGUAUCAUUAACAAUUAAAUUUUAAAGCUUAAGCAUUAAAAAAAUUAAAUAGAAUUGAAGAAGCAAUCUAAAUAUUUGAUUAAGGAAUAUUGAAAAAUAAACACAACAUCAAUUUUUAUUUUGAAAAAGGUAAAUUAUAGUUAAUAUCUUAAGCAUUAUUCUUAACUUAAUUGUAGAGAUUCACUGAAGUUUUAGAAUGCUGGGAUUAAGGAAUUGAAAAUAAUACAUAGAUAAUUAAUUUUUAUGAUGAAAAAUGUAUGAUCAAAAUAUAACUUUAUAGCAAAAUUUCUAGUAGAAUAAGGACAAAUAGAAUAAGCUCUUGAGUUGUGGGAUUUGGGGAUUUCUUAUAAUAAACAUAAUAUAUCAUUUUACACUUUUAAAAGUAAAAUUCAAUUAAUUAUUAUUAUCAGCUUCUCUCUUAGAUGAUUUAGAAAUGAAUGAUGAAAUUAUCUAAUGCUGGAAUAAAGGGAUCGAAUUUAAUAAAAGUGAAGUAAACUUUUAUAGAGAAAAAAGUAUCUAAUAAUUAUUAUAUUAUAUAUUAGCAAAUGCUCUAUUUAAACAAGAUAGAUUUUCAGAAAUCUUAGAGUGUUGGGAUGAAGGAACAAAAGUAAAUAGGAAUAAUUAAAACUUUUUCUUUUACAAAGGUUGAAAAUAAUUUAAUAUUUUACUAGCUUUGUAUUUAAGUUAAAAUGAAAGAUCAGAUGAAGCAUUAUCAUGUUGGGAUUAAUUUUGUAGUUAAAACUUAGAAAAUAUAGAUCAUUAUUAAUGGAAAGGCAAAUUAUUAUUAUUAUUAUUUAUUAGCUAAGAUUUUAAUUGA